AUUGCCCAAUUUGUCAAAUAUAGCAAUAGACAAACGCCGAUUCCUUGCCUGAAUUGGCAAUUGGCGCUCCUUUGCCCUACAUUUUCUCCAGUCCCUUUUGAAAAGCUGCGAUCAGUGUUCUUUGUAGUUCGGAGCGACCACCAUUGGCCGAGCUUCAGUUGCUCAGAAGGCAGUAAGAUAAUGUUUAGAUCAUUUCUUCUAAAGGCUGUCUAUAAACAGCUUAGUUAUCAUCCAGCUGUCACUAAACAGCUUUGUCGUCAUCCUUUUCAGUUCCAUCCAGAGAGAGGAAUGCACAGCAGAAAUAAGAAGGCGAUGGAGUACAUUGCUAGGGGGUGGAAUGCUCUGCAGGAAGUUGAUAGAGUAAUUGAUUAUUGUGAGCUUAAUGACAAACGUCUCAUUCCUUCACUUAGGACAGCAAAGGAGAAUUUUGAGUUGGCUCUGGAAGCAGACAACUCAAAUACCCAUGCAAGAUAUUGGCUUUCAAAACUGCAUCUCAAGUACCAUGUCCCCGGGGCGUGCAAAGCUGUGUAAGUUUUGUCUCUUUGGU